AGCGAAGCUAAAGUUACGCAACGGCCGCCGCGAAGCUAACCUCCAAAAAUGGCGAAAGGAGACGAUAAUGUGCAGAGGAAGAAGAAUAAAUUGACGAGGAAGAAGAUGAGUAGGAAGAACGAUACCGCCACCGUCUCUGCUCGUAUCUCCGCCAUUAUCGCCGCCAAGAAACGUCGCAAGUCUGGUAAACGCAGCAUGUGUCAGGGAAUGUGUUUUACUCUUCCUACACUUGAAGAUCCAUUCAAUGAAAGACAAGGUAAAGCUGAUAUAACUACAAAGAAAAAGAAAAAGAAAAAGGUUAAGAGUAGAGAAGAGAAGAAACCAUCUACUAUGUCCAUUGAUGGUGUUGAGAAGAAGAUGGAUGGUCCACCAAAGUUUCUCAUGUUAAACUUGAAUGAGAUUGAGAGCUCGUUUCGUAAAGAUAGUACAUAUAGUGAACAGCAUGAUAAGUCUUUGUUCACUAGUACUUGGGGUAUUGAGUUCUGGAAAUGUUUUUCAUCUGGGAAAGAUAUUUUGGAGACAAGUGGAAUGUCUUCCACUGUGGAACAGAUUGCUUGGAUUGUUUCAAGUGCAGCUGAUGCUAUUGCUAGACGGGAGAAAGACGAGGAGGAGGAGGAGGAGUUGUUGGGAAACAGUCCUUUUCUUUUGUACCUUGUGCCAUCUCAGUCUAAAGCUUCUCAGGUCCGAUCGGUUUGCAAGGCACUGAAAGGUAUUGGAAUUCACACUGUGAGCUUACACCAAGGAGCGUCACUAGAUCAUCAGAUUUCAGGAUUGAAAAGCGUUGAGCCUGAGUUUAUAGUUGCUACACCUGAGAGACUUUUGGAGAUUGUUAACUUGAAGGGCGUUGAUAUAUCCAGCGUUUCAUUGCUGGUAAUUGAUGAACUAGGUUCACUUUGCGCUGGUGGUUAUCUAGAUGCUGUUAAAUCCAUUAAGCAGGCCAUUUCCAACAAACACCAAUCGAUAGUUUUCAACGACAGUUUUAGUGCUUCGACUAUCCCAGCCGUCCAGAGUCUUUUGGGGCGAUCAAUUAACAGAUUAACCGUCAAUGAUUCUGUUGCCAGCCAAGGCUCUUGUAUUAUCCAGACUGUAAAUGUCUGCGCCUCGGAGGAAAAAAAGUUGCAGAAGUUUGCAGAGCAUCUGGAUUCAUCUUCGUCGAAGAUAAUAUACAUUGUUACAAAGGAAGAAAGUUUCAAAAAGAUAAAGGCUCUACUUAAGCUCAAGGGUCUCUCUGUCUCAACCGAUAGUGACUCUAAACUAUCAGAGGUCAAAAAGAGCCGGAAACCUGUGGCGCACUUGGUUGACAUAGAACAGUUGGAUACUACAGUUAUGAGGGACUUCGAAACCGUUCUACUUCCAGACUUUUUCCCAUCAAUUGAAAUUUACACUCAGAUUCUGACGAGUAUGGCUAGAGAGAGUGUUCACGGCGUACUUCACAGCUAUAUAACAGAAAAGGAGGCUGCUUCUUAUCGAGCUGGACCAUUGGUGAAUGUCCUGGAGAAUUGUGGUCAGAACGUGCCUGACCCUUGGAGGAAUAUAUACACUGAUUCCAACAAUGGCUUCACUCUUCUCAUACCCUCUUCUUAUACCAAGGUAGACAAAGCAGGAGCUAAUGCUCUGUUUGAAGAACCAAACAAUGGAAGCAACAAUAUUGGUGUUGUAGUUAGUCCUGUCCGUAUAAAGAGUCUUGACCAAUUUGGUACUCCUCAAUUUGUUGCUGAUAAGCUCAUCAACGCAGAGAAACGAAAGGAAAGUACAAAUGAAGCAGAAGUUGUGUCAGUGGGAGAGAGAUCAGGAUUAGGACAACAAGUGUAUGAGUUUGAAUACAAAAUUGAUAGUACGAGAGGAGGGAUUAAGAGGGUUUUCUCAGCUGCGUUUGUGAGUUCUAAUAAGCUUUAUCUAUUGAAUGUUGUUCAUUCAGAUAAACCAGAGAAUCCAUUGGAUUCAAGUACGAGAAUGUUGUUGGAACAAGUUCUUCACUCUUUUGAUGCUCUGCCUCUUACAUGACCAACCCAAUAAACUGUUUUCUUGUUGAGCUUGUUUGAUGGGCUUCUUAUUCUUUAGUUAAUGGGCUUUUGUAGUAAUUUAUUUAGCCCAAUAAAUGUGAGAUUUCUUU